GCCGCCGUCCGAGGAGCGGUUAUCAAUAUUUAUGAAGUUUUGUUUUGAUUUUUUAAAUAAUUGUCGCGAGUUCGUUGAAAAGAACUAUGAAGAACGAAGGAGGGGAUACUCAUGCAGCUUCUGGCUUGUCUGAGCAGCAGAGAAAGAAAAAAUAUUUCGAAGAAUCCCGCCAAUUUGAACACAAAGCUGUUGCUGUUGAGAAGGAGUGCAAUGGUGUGAUCUUUAGCAAGAGAAGUGAGUUCAGAAGAGAUUUCCUGAGUUUGGAAGAUGCGAACGAGCAGUAUCGGAGAAGUGAAAAAGCUGAAAUUUUGAAAUUGAAGCAACAGCUAACAAGAAUUAAAAGCAAUGUUGAAAAACUACAACAUAGCUUGACUGACGUUAAACCAUCAGCGAAAUUUGUUGAGAAGUUGAAAGAAAUCAUGGAAGAUAUUGAAAACUCAAUAAUGAAUUUUAAAAAAGAACAAAGAGAGAAAUUUGAGGAUCUUUUGAGAGAGGAGAGGGUGAUUAUGCAAGAACUGACAGCUUCUGAGAAAAAAUUUGAAUCUUGGUCUCGACUUCCAGCUGCAGCAGUAGAAUCAACCAAAGCUGUGAGAAAGGCAACAAGACAGUCAAGCUCAAUGCCACCGGCAAUUGCAGCUUUUGAGCGUUUUCUGGCACAGACAGGUGGGCAUCAGGGAGGCUGGGACGACUAUGAUCAUCAGGAAUAUCUGCGGAUGAAACAGCAGAAUAAAACGAAGGAUAAAGAUGCAUUCAUCCAUUCUGCGCUGAGCAAUCUUCCUGGGAGGUCUUAUGACGAUGUUAGACAGCAUGAUGAUUGGUACAGUGAAUAUUUGAUAUUGUUGGACAAGAAGAAAAAAGCAAUCCAAGAAUGGAAACAUCAUAAAGAUACAGAAAAAAUGGACAAGCUAUCUAAUGUGGAUGAACAUGAAAAAUCAGAUCUAAAGGAGAAAAGAAAGGCAGAACUCUAUGAGAAGGAACGCCAAGAAAGACUGGCAAAACUCGAUGAAUGGAAGGUUCAAAGGGAAAUCGAAAGGACAAAACAAGAAGAAGAGAAAGUGAGAAUGGAAGUAGAAGCGAUGAAAAAUAAACAAAAGGAAGAUAAAAGAAAGCGUGAAAUCAAGAGUCAGGUGGAAGAAUUUGCCCGACAUCGCGAGGAAGAGAAGGAAAUCUUGCGAAUGACCGAGGAGCAGAGAAGAAAAAUGGAAAGAGAAAAUAGAAAACUGAGCGCUUCUGAUAUUGCCAGGCUAAAAGAAAGGAAUGAGAAGCUUGCUAUGGAAAGAAAGACAAAAAUUGAAAGCAAAGAAAUAGAAAGGGAAGAAAAGGAGAGGCGUCUGGAGAAAUUAAGAAGCCAGGUCGAAGUUCACGCAAAAAGAGAUCCAUCAAGAUUACUGAAGCUCACAGAAGGUUUAAAAGAACGAAAGAAAGCCACACCACAACCUGGGUCGGGUGCUCCAGGAAUACAUAUGCCACACAGGGCUGUUCCAACCUGGAGGCAAGGAAUGUCAUGAAGCAUUUGAGAAAAUUUCAAAUUUUAUUUUACAAAAUCCAACAUUAUACCACUAUUUC